AUGGUUCCUCUCCUCCCCUCCCUGCUAUGGUUCCUCUCCUCCCUUCCCUGCUGUGGUUCCCCUGCUCCUCUCCUUGCUGUGGUUCCUCUCCUCCCCUCCCUGCUAUGGUUCCCCUGCUCCCCUCCCUUCCCUGCUGUGGUUCACCUGCUCCAUUCCCUGCUGUGGUUCCUCUCCUCCCCUCCCUGCUGUGGUUCCCCUGCUCCCCUCCCUGCUGUCACUCCUCUCCUCCCUUCCCUGCUGUGGUUCACCUGCUCCCUUCCCUGCUGUGGUUCCUCUCCUCCCUUCCCUGCUGUGGUUCUCCUGCUCCUCUCCCUGCUGUGGUUCCUCUCCUCCCCUCCCUGCUGUGGUUCCUCUCCUCCCCUCCAUGAUGUGGUUCCUCUCCUCCCUUCCCUGCUGUGGUUCCCACGCUCCCCUCCCUGCUAUGGUUCCUCUCCUCCCUUCCCUGCUGUGGUUCCCCUGCUCCUCUCCCUGCUGUGGUUCCUCUCCUCCCCUCCCUGCUAUGGUUCCUCUCCUCCCCUCCAUGAUGUGGUUCCUCUCCUCCCUUCCCUGCUGUGGUUCCCACGCUCCCCUCCCUGCUAUGGUUCCUCUCCUCCCUUCCCUGCUGUGGUUCCCCUGCUCCUCUCCCUGCUGUGGUUCCUCUCCUCCCCUCCCUGCUAUGGUUCCCCUGCUCCCCUCCCUUCCCUGCUGUGGUUCACCUGCUCCCUUCCCUGCUGUGCUGUGAUUCUCCUACUCCUCUCCCUGCUGUGGUUCCUCUCCUCCCUUCCCUGCUGUGGUUCCCACGCUCCCCUCCCUGCUAUGGUUCCUCUCCUCCCUUCCCUGCUGUGGUUCCCCUGCUCCUCUCCCUGCUGUGGUUCCUCUCCUCCCCUCCCUGCUAUGGUUCCUCUCCUCCCCUCCCUGCUAUGGUUCCUCUCCUCCCUUCCCUGCUGUGGUUCCCCUGCUCCUCUCCUUGCUGUGGUUCCUCUCCUCCCCUCCCUGCUAUGGUUCCCCUGCUCCCCUCCCUUCACUGCUGUGGUUCACCUGCUCCAUUCCCUGCUGUGGUUCCUCUCCUCCCCUCCCUGCUGUGGUUCCCCUGCUCCCCUCCCUGCUGUCACUCCUCUCCUCCCUUCCCUGCUGUGGUUCACCUGCUCCCUUCCCUGCUGUGGUUCCUCUCCUCCCUUCCCUGCUGUGGUUCUCCUGCUCCUCUCCCUGCUGUGGUUCCUCUCCUCCCCUCCCUGCUGUGGUUCCUCUCCUCCCCUCCAUGAUGUGGUUCCUCUCCUCCCUUCCCUGCUGUGGUUCCCACGCUACCCUCCCUGCUAUGGUUCCUCUCCUCCCUUCCUGCUGUGGUUCCCCUGCUCCUCUCCCUGCUGUGGUUCCUCUCCUCCCCUCCCUGCUAUGGUUCCUCUCCUCCCCUCCAUGAUGUGGUUCCUCUCCUCCCUUCCCUGCUGUGGUUCCCACGCUCCCCUCCCUGCUAUGGUUCCUCUCCUCCCUUCCCUGCUGUGGUUCCCCUGCUCCUCUCCCUGCUGUGGUUCCUCUCCUCCCCUCCCUGCUAUGGUUCCCCUGCUCCCCUCCCUUCCCUGCUGUGGUUCACCUGCUCCCUUCCCUGCUGUGGUUCCUCUCCUCCCCUCCCUGCUGUGGUUCCCCUGCUCCCCUCCCUGCUGUGACUCCUCACCUCUCUUCCCUGCUGUGGUUCCCCUGCUCCCUUCCCUGCUGUGGUUCCUCUCCUCCCUUCCCUGCUGUGAUUCUCCUACUCCUCUCCCUGCUGUGGUUCCUCUCCUCCCCUCCCUGGUGUGGUUCCCGUGCUCCUCUCCCUGCUGUGGUUCCUCUCCUCCCCUCCCUGCUGUGGUUCCCCUGUCCCCACAUCUGCUCUUACUACAAGCUCGGAGCACUGCAAUUCCACCAUUCAUCUCCUCUAGACAUGCACUGACGCCACCCUCCUUGUCGGAUUGCGGGGUUGUGGUCUUGGCCUAUACUCCUCAAACCCCGACUCAUGGACAAACAAGCCAAAAUUCCCCCACCUAA